UACGUUUGUCGCUCCAAGUGUUCCAGUUCCAACGACAGAGCCCCACGCUCACGUUUCGGACUCGUGUUGCCGAGCGUUUCUAUUAUCCCGCAUUAUACGACAGCGAGGAGCGAGAGGACAAACAUGGGGGUGGCCUGGAUGCUUUUCGACAAGAGCGCUAUUCUGACGGUACAGAAUCACGUUAUUACCAGGAACCCCAGAAUAUCCGUGUCGCACGAUAAGCACAGGACCUGGUUCCUACAUAUCAACGACGUGCACGAGGAGGACAAGGGAAAGUACAUGUGCCAGAUUAACACUGCUGCCGCCAAAACGCAAUAUGGCUACCUACACGUCGUAGUGCCACCAAAUAUUGACGAUUCGCAAAGCUCGUCGGAUGCAAUCGUUCGUGAGGGCGCUAAUGUGAGUCUCACCUGCAAAGCGACUGGAAGUCCAAUUCCUAGUAUUCGUUGGAAACGAGACGACGGUACCAAAAUCUCGAUCAACAAAACUUUAUCUGUGCCAGAAUGGGAGGGUGAAACGCUGGAAAUGGCGCGAAUUUCGAGAUUGGACAUGGGCGCAUAUUUAUGCAUCGCCAGCAACGGCAUACCACCGACAGUUAGUAAACAGAUCAAAGUAUCGGUCGACUUCCCCCCUAUGCUGUGGAUACCGCACCAAUUGGUUGGCGCACCCUUGGGUUACUCCGUUAUUCUGGAAUGCUAUACCGAGGCUCAUCCGACUUCUUUGAAUUACUGGGCGAGGGAGGACAACUUAAUGAUUCACGAGAGCAGUAAAUACAAGACUGUGUCGUUACCCGAUAAGCCAUCUUACAAGACGCAUAUGAUGCUCACGAUAAACGAUAUACAGAGAGAAGACUACGGUAGCUACAAGUGUAUCGCCAAGAACCCACGUGGAGAAACCGACGGGACGAUUCGUCUGUACAUGUCUGCACCACCAAGCACCAGUCCUAGUCCGUCUACCACGGAGGUUCCUAAAAAAGAUUGGGAAUUCAUGGCGGAGAUGAAUAACUCUGUUUACGGAAAUCCAAGUUCGCUGACAAUUCAAAAUGAGAAGAAUAUCAAGACAGGUACCAAGUUUCAAUCGAAUCUGAACGAAAUUGGAAAAUCGGAGCAAAAGUCAUCCGAACUAGAUAGAAAAAGAAAUUACAACUGGCCUGAUAAGGUUUCAGGUUCAGCAACGGGCGUGAUGACGACGGUGACGCCACUACUAAUUACUCUGGUCGUAACAAUAAUUCGAUAAGCAAGAUUCGAAAAGAAAAAGAAAGCGAACGACGACCUCGUCGUUGAUAUCGACGGUGGUUUCCCUAAUUAACGGACUCAAUUAUAUAAAGAAAAUAAAAGGAAGAAGAGUUAGAAUUCAAACGACACUGAAGACAGGCGCUCGUAUAUAGUAAUACACGUGCAUGCGCUCACACAAACACGCACACACAUACACACACACACACACACACACACACACACUUACGAAAUUACAAAAGAUAACACAAAGACUGACUGGAGUAGAUAGCGUCCGUAUUAAAUGACGGAGAGUAAUUUACGCGUGCCAAGUUAGUGUAGCGACAACAGUCCACGAGUGGCAAAGAAUUUUAAAGAACAUGAGUCCUCAUCGAUCUUUUCUUCACCGAUUGUGCGUUGUGUGGCCCGGCGAUGAGGGAUGAGACACGCACAGAGAGAGGUGGAAUAACGAGAACGAGAGGAAAGGGUAUUAACAAAGUGCAACGACUAUCGCUUUCAGUGUAAUAUAUUGUAUAACGCCGUAACAAUGACGCCAAACCAAGAAAUACCAGUGAUCUCGUCUCCGCGAGAGAGAGAGAGUGCGACCUGGAACGUGUGUGAGAGUGAGUCGUUACGUUUUUUAAACCGCAUUACAUGGGGAGUAUUUCAGUCGCGCAACCAAAUGACAUUUCUGGAAUAUCAAAACGAAAUCGUUCGAGCUUAAUACUGAAUUAAAGUUUCACCGAGCCAACUAGUUUUCCAACAUUUUGAACUUAUAUCCCCCUUCCGAAAUAGUUUUCUUCUCUCGUUUGUACGAUCGAUGAGAGUGAGGGUUCUCAAUUUCGUCAAUAACGUAGAAAUGCUUGUGUUCGGAGAUUCGUCACGGUGAUACGUGUCCCGAGACGACUCAUGGGCGUUAGUCACGCUUCGAGCGAAGUUAAUUCUCCAUCAACAUCAGGUUCUAUCUGCAUGCGUAGUCUCACGGCCCGACCGUAUGUAUUUCU